CCAGGCCUGUCACAGUGUUAGCUGGACUAUAGUCAUGUGUCACAGAGGAAAAGUGGAUUUUACAGUCAUACACACAUACUAAUAUCUUUGUGGAGUUCUUUUGGAUUUUUUAGAUUAUCUUGUAAACUGCUAUGUUAAUUACAUAAACCAUCAUGUCAUUUUUUCAACAAGCUUUAUCCUUAUUUCUCUUAAUUUGUGUGAUAUUUUCGUCCUCAAACUCAUCAGAAUUUCUGGACAAACGGAACAAGCGUGAUUGGAGUUUGGAAGGAAUGAUUCAGAAUUUACUGGACAGUAUUGAUGGGGACGUCGCAACAACGAAAGAUGUAUCAAACAUCACCGCGCCAGCGAAUUCCACUGUAAAUACCACAACGUCACCAUCGACGUCAUCAACGACACCAUUUGUAACUCUAUCUUCAUCAAUUACAUCAACAACUAAAAGUGUGAAUUCAAAUUCCACCUCAGCUAGCUCGACAUCGACGUUUUCAUCAACAACAACGCCAUGGACAACCACUACUGAUGACCCACAAUGCAAGUCCGAUCAAACACUUGAAACGGUUUGUAAUGUACCGGAAGUUUUGAUCGGUGAAAAUUUCUGGGACAUAUAUUACGUCAUGUUUUCCGAUGACGUCAUCCGAGCACUUUUGUUUGGAUGCUCCAGUGGUCAUUGGUGUUUAGAGGAUAAAUCUUUUUUCUGGAAUGCUUUGAUGAUGGAGAGGUCGGAGAGGGUCCUAAAAUCUCCACUAUUCAAAGGUGUUUGUGAAAGCGAAUCUCUAACCUGUCUUCAUGAUUUCGUAGGCAACCAUACUGAAUGCAAGUUAUACCAGAGAAUGCAACUGACAAUGCAAUCCAUUGACCUGCUGUGUCAACUUCAAAAGGAACCGACUACAACUCUUGAAUGUGUGCAGCACGUGCUUGCCGCCCUACACGUGACCGUCGUCGACAUUUUACGAGAUCAGAAUCAAAAAGAAGACGAUGAGGAUGAUGGGAAUUCAUGUACAUCACCAGAGUCACAGAUCACCCGUACAUUCCUUUGCCUGGAGUUCAAGUGUCCAGGGAACAUUCUCCUUCUGACUAGUUUUCAGCCUUGGAAAUGGUUUGUCGGCGAUGUAAUGGACAUAUCGGCGCGGUGUGGAUAUCGUAAUGACGUAUGCCAGGACGACACAAACUUUACGUCAUCGACGGGUGCGAAGUCGUCCGGGGGCUCAUCGUCAUUGUCAUCACAGUCAUCAGUGACAUCGACGGGAACGUGGACUGGGUUCAGCCACUUGACAGGAACAGAACCUUUUGAUCAGAACGAGAGCGGGUCAGCGUUAGAACACACGCAUGAAGACGAGGAUGAUUGGGAACACGCCUAUGGCGUCAACAUGUUAAUGGGCAUGGCUGUGACGUCACUCUUACUACUCUCUGUCAUGCUAAUCGGUUUCUUCAUCUGGUGGCGAAAACUACUCCGCAAUCGUGUGGUGAAGGCGGGCUACACACAACUGAAAUGUGAUGAAGCUUGAUCUUACUGAUGAUGUCAGUCAGCAGGUAGAUACGGGCGACCGGCGAGGAGGAUACAUUCUAUGUCACAAAGCCAUAGAUGUUUAAGCGUUGGAAGGAACUUGUACGGACUAUUUUUAAUGUAUUCUUACGAUAUCAAGCUUUUAGUAAACACAAACCAUCGUUUGAAA